AUGCCGAGAGAAGCCAACGAGAUGCGUGGUUACAAGGCCGCGCUGAGCAACCGGAACGUCUCGCCAGAGGCAAAGCAGCAUGCACACGCCAGGCUCAAUGAGCUCGGCGGUGGUCAACCUCACGAGGAAAGUUAUCAGGCAGGAGGUGAAGGCAAAGACCCAACAAGAGUCUCAGCUGGCCUUAAAGCCGCGCAGCAUAAUCCUAGGGUGACAGAGGGCGGGAAGCGAAGAGCUGCUAAGAAGAUGGAGGCAGAGGCCCCAGAGGAGUAG